AUGGAAGCUAGCGGUGCGACUCUAUCUGACGACGCGAGAGUAAUGUCUGCCAAAACAAACGAAGCCAAAGGCAAAGACUGCGGUGAACUCAUUAAAAACCACCACAAGCAGGCGUUUGAGUAUAUAUCGAAAGCAUUGAGGAUCGAUGAAGAUGAUACAGGAGAAAAGGGGGAGGCUGUUCAGUGGUACAAGAGAGGGAUUGCUGAACUUGAGAGGGGCAUCGCUGUAAAGAUCACCGGGCAAGCAGGAGAUCAAUAUGAUCGAGCAAAGAGACUCCAAGAUAAAAUGGUCGCCAAUCGUACUAUGGCUAAGGACAGGCUCGCUUUGUUAGAAACCACGUUGGCAGCCAAGCGGAGAAGUGAUCCCCAGACUUCAGAUGUUGUUCCAAAGACCAAGCCCCCCCCCUCAGCAGCAGGCGUGUCGGGGUCAGUUAUAUCCUUUGAGGACAUUGCAGGUCAGGACCUGGCUAAACAAGCACUCCAAGAAAUUGUCAUCCUUCCUGCCUUAAGACCAGAGCUCUUCACUGGCCUGAGAGCGCCCGCACGCGGAUUACUUUUGUUUGGCCCGCCUGGGAAUGGGAAAACCAUGCUGGCCAAAGCAGUCGCAGCAGAAUCUAAUGCCACGUUUUUCAACAUUAGUGCUGCCAGUUUGACAUCUAAAUGGGUGGGAGAAGGCGAGAAGCUUGUGCGGGCACUGUUUGCGGUGGCCAGAGAGUUGCAGCCUUCUGUCAUCUUUAUCGAUGAAGUGGACAGCUUGCUCUGUGAGAGGAGGGAGGGGGAACACGACGCCUCUCGACGUUUAAAAACUGAAUUCCUCAUUGAAUUUGAUGGGGUGAAUUCAGUUGGGGAUGACAGGGUGCUGGUAAUGGGAGCCACUAACAGGCCUCAGGAGCUCGAUGAAGCAGUUUUAAGGCGCUUCGCUAAAAGGGUUUACGUGACAUUGCCAGAUGAGCAGACAAGAUUCACGCUGCUAAAAAACCUCCUGGGAAAGCACGGAAACCCACUGAGCACAACUGAGCUGACCUACCUCUCAAAAGCGACAGAUAGGUAUUCAGGAAGUGAUCUGACAUCAUUAGCCAAAGACGCUGCACUCGGGCCAAUCAGAGAGUUGGGAGCAGAUCAAGUCCGAAAUGUGUCUGUUGGUGAGAUGCGUAACAUUAAGAAGAAAGACUUUGAGGAUUCCCUGAAGCGAAUUAAGCCCACUGUUAGUUCAGCGACUCUUAACAUGUAUGCCCAGUGGAACAAAGAUUUUGGUGAUACAACAGGUUUAUAG